AUGCCCAAGGCGCUGGCCCCCGGAAAGAACCGCUCCACCGAGUCCAAGGACCCGGACCACGCCGCGCGCGCCUUCCGCAGGUGGACGUACGUCCCGCAGCUCGUGGUCUUCGACCUCGACUUCACCAUGUGGUUCCCGGCCAUGGACGAGCUGCACGCCGACGAGCUGCGCAAGGACCCCGUCACGGGGGACGUCACCGACGCCAUCGGCUGGCAGGUGCACUCCUACCCGGAGAUCCACGCCGUGCUGAGCGUGCUCAAGACGGACCCGCAGUUCCGCGACACCAAGAUCGGCGUGGCGUCCCGAACGGAAGAGGUCGAGACGGCGAAGAAGGUGCUCGGACUCAUGGAUGUGCAGCUACGCGGCGAGGACGGCGUCGAGGCUGGGAAGCAGACGCUGGCCAGCCUGGCCGACUUCGUGACGGUCUUCCCGGGCAGCAAGACGACGCACUUCCGGCAGCUCAAGGAGCAGAGCGGCGUCGCGUUCGAGGACAUGUUGUUCAACGACGACGACGACGAGAACGUGCACGACGUGAGCGCGCUGGGCGUGGUGUGCUCGCACUGUCCCGAGGGACUGACGGUGGCGUCGUGGCUGCAGGGCAUGGAGGACUUCCAGCUCGCCAAGAAGCAGCAGAGUCUGUAA